CUAGAGUGCUGGUAAACCUAAUUUUACUCUGAAACUCCGACUGUUACAGUGUGAAUGAAAAUGGACUUGAGUGACGCCCAACGUCUCUCAGAGCUCAGGAUUGUGUUGAUGGGAUAUAGAGAAGCUGGUAAGAGUUCAUCUGGAAACACCAUCCUGGGCCGAGAGGAGUUUGACUUGAAGAAAUCUGCUCAGUGUGUGAAGAGACAUGGAGAAGUAGCAGACAGACACAUCACUGUCAUUGAAGCUCCAGGAUGGUGGAGUGAUUUCCCUGUAGAGAAGAGUCCAGAGUUACUGAAACAGGAGAUUUUGCUCAGUGUGUCUCUGUGUCCUCCAGGACCACACGCUGUACUACUGAUCAUACGCGUGGACAUUAGAUUCAAAGAGAAUAAGAGAAAAGCAUUGCAGGAGCAUCUGGAUCUUCUCAGUGAGAGAGUCUGGAGUCACACUAUAGUGCUGUUCACUGCUGGAGACUCUCUGUUAGACACAUCUAUAGAGCAGCACAUCGAGAGUGAAGGGCCGGAUCUCCAGUGGCUGCUGGACAAAUGUGGGAACAGGUUUCAUGUUCUCAACAAUCACAACAGGAGUGACGACACUCAGAUCAAGGAGCUGCUGGAGAAGAUUGAGGAGACAGUGGCACAAAACAACGGCUGCCAUUUUGAAAUAGACAGAAAGAUUUUACAGGAGGUGAAAGAGAGAAGAAGAGCAGAGGAAGAGAGAGCAGAAGAACGAAUGAAGAGGAUGCAAAAAAGGAGAGAAAACAUCAGAUCACAGAUGAGUGACGCCCAACGUCUCUCAGAGCUCAGGAUUGUGUUGAUGGGAUAUAGAGAAGCUGGUAAGAGUUCAUCUGGAAACACCAUCCUGGGCCGAGAGGAGUUUGACUUGAAGAAAUCUGCUCAGUGUGUGAAGAGACAUGGAGAAGUAGCAGACAGACACAUCACUGUCAUUGAAGCUCCAGGAUGGUGGAGGAGUUUCCCUGUAGAGAAGAGUCCAGAGUUACUGAAACAGGAGAUUUUGCUCAGUGUUUCUCUGUGUCCUCCAGGACCACACGCUGUACUACUGAUCAUACGCGUGGACUACACAUUUAAAGAGACUUAUAGAAAAGCAUUGCAGGAGCAUCUGGAUCUUCUCAGUGAGAGAGUCUGGAGUCACACUAUAGUGCUGUUCACUCAUGGAGACUCUCUGUUAGACACAUCUAUAGAGCAGCACAUCGAGAGUGAAGGGCCGGAUCUCCAGUGGCUGCUGGACAAAUGUGGGAACAGGUUUCAUGUUCUCAACAAUCACAACAGGAGUGACGACACUCAGAUCAAGGAGCUGCUGGAGAAGAUUGAGGAGACAGUGGCACAAAACAACGGCUGCCAUUUUGAAAUAGACCGAAAGAUUUUACAGGAGGUGAAAGAGAGAAGAAGAGCAGAGGAAGAGAGAGCAGAAGAACGAAUGAAGAGGAUGCAAAAAAGGAGAGAAAACAUCAGAUCACAGAUGAGUGACGCCCAACAUCUCUCAGAGCUCAGGAUUGUGUUGAUGGGAUAUAGAGAAGCUGGUAAGAGUUCAUCUGGAAACACCAUCCUGGGCCGAGAGGAGUUUGGCUUGAAGAAAUCUGCUCAGUGUGUGAAGAGACAUGGAGAAGUAGCAGACAGACACAUCACUGUCAUUGAAGCUCCAGGAUGGUGGAGGAGUUUCCCUGUAGAGAAGAGUCCAGAGUUACUGAAACAGGAGAUUUUGCUCAGUGUGUCUCUGUGUCCUCCAGGACCACACGCUGUACUACUGAUCAUACGCGUGGACUACACAUUUAAAGAGACUGCGAGAAAAGCAUUGCAGGAGCAUCUGGAUCUUCUCAGUGAGAGAGUCUGGAGUCACACUAUAGUGCUGUUCACUCAUGGAGACUCUCUGUUAGACACAUCUAUAGAGCAGCACAUCGAGAGUGAAGGGCCGGAUCUCCAGUGGCUGCUGGACAAAUGUGGGAACAGGUUUCAUGUUCUCAACAAUCACAACAGGAGUGACGACACUCAGAUCAAGGAGCUGCUGGAGAAGAUUGAGGAGACAGUGGCACAAAACAACGGCCGCCAUUUUGAAAUAGACAGAAAGAUUUUACAGGAGGUGAAAGAGAGAAGAAGAGCAGAGGAAGAGAGAGCAGAAGAACGAAUGAAGAGGAUGCAAAAAAGGAGAGAAAACAUCAGAUCACAGAUGAGUGACGCCCAACGUCUCUCAGAGCUCAGGAUUGUGUUGAUGGGAUAUAGAGAAGCUGGUAAGAGUUCAUCUGGAAACACCAUCCUGGGCCGAGAGGAGUUUGACUUGAAGAAAUCUGCUCAGUGUGUGAAGAGACAUGGAGAAGUAGCAGACAGACACAUCACUGUCAUUGAAGCUCCAGGAUGGUGGAGGAGUUUCCCUGUAGAGAAGAGUCCAGAGUUACUGAAACAGGAGAUUUUGCUCAGUGUGUCUCUGUGUCCUCCAGGACCACACGCUGUACUACUGAUCAUACGCGUGGACAUUAGAUUCAAAGAGACUGAGAGAAAAGCAUUGCAGGAGCAUCUGGAUCUUCUCAGUGAGAGAGUCUGGAGUCACACUAUAGUGCUGUUCACUGGUGGAGACUCUCUGUUAGACACAUCUAUAGAGCAGCACAUCGAGAGUGAAGGGCCGGAUCUCCAGUGGCUGCUGGACAAAUGUGGGAACAGGUUUCAUGUUCUCAACAAUCACAACAGGAGUGACGACACUCAGAUCAAGGAGCUGCUGGAGAAGAUUGAGGAGACAGUGGCACAAAACAACGGCCGCCAUUUUGAAAUAGACAGAAAGUGUUUACAAGAGAUGGAUGGUAGAAAUAAAACAGAAGAGCACCUGGACAAACGGAGAGAGGAAUCCAGAUCGCAGACUGUGAGUGGAGAUGAUGGAUCUGAUUCACUAUCUGUGGGAAGUUCUGCUUAUGGUUCAUUCAGAUCACGAUCAGGAGCAGACCCGAUUUUCAGUUCAUCACAUUCCAUAGAUUCAUCUCACACAAGUUACGAGUCAGGGGCCAUAAAACGAUGUAACAGCAUUGGAUUGCUACCACCAAACAUGAGUGGAGAUGAGCGGUCGGACACAUUGUCUGUGGGAAGUUCUGGUUACAGUUCAUCGCUAUCAGCAGCAGACAGCGAUUCAGUUUUUAGCUCAUCACACUCCAUAGUCUCAUCUCUCAGCUCAGGAUUCGGUUCUUUGCGGUCCAUCCCGGAGUCUGUGGAACAUUCAGGAACCAGACGAGCAGAUGGUGGGAACAUGAUCUCAAAACUUUUCACAAGAAGAUCAAAGAAGCAUGAUCAGCAUGAAGACACUAAGAAAACCUGAAUUAUAUCAAAUGAAUAAAAGAGAAAUUGUGUCUUUAUAAUGUUGCCGACACAAUAUUUAACGAUAACUAUUACUAAAACUAUAAGGUAUUGCAGUGGUCGAAUUAAAUUAGUGGAGAUCAUAAAUCAUAUUGAUAUGUAAUUAAC